AUGGACUGGGCCGACCUCGAACCGCUGCUCCGAAGCCACUAUGCUCCCGCCGUGCCCACCCUCAUCAGGCAGCACGAUUUCUACCUGCGGGACCAGAAGCCGGGCGAGAGCAUCAGCGAUUUCGUGGCAGACCUACGGAAUCUAGGUGGCAUGUGCGGCUUCACGGACAUGGAUGAGGUCCUACGAGACCGCGUCGUCCUCAGGCUCAGGGACCCGGACAUUGGAAGCAUCUUGAAGAAAUUCCAGGCUAAGGAAACAUACGAGAAUCCGGUGGAUUUACUUCCAGAGCCAAAAUGGGAUUACAGUGGGAGCCAAAAUGGGAUUACCAUCUGGGAUUACAGUGAUAUCCCUGUGCUUCUGAAAAGUGCCAUGAAAAAAUUGAGAGAUACUCUGGAAAGUGGACUUCAACUACAGGAAGAGAAUGUAACUCUGGAUCCAGGCACAGCUAAUCUUGGCCGCCUUGAAAUCUCCAAAGAUCGCAAAAGCGUCAAAGGACUUAAGCCAGUUGAAGGAAAAUAUGCUGUCUCAGACUGCAACAGAUUUGUACGUUAUCCUUGUGUCCUUGGCUGUGAGAAGUUCUCAACUGGGAGACAUUUCUGGGAAGUUAUUAUAGGAGGUGCAGCAGAAUGGGCUAUAGGGGUUGCCAGUAAGCCAAGGAAUAUAAAAAAUGUCGAUGAGCAGACUAGUCACUGGGAGAUUGCGGAAUGUAAAGGGAAAUACAUGGCCAUCUCUCCAUCAACAUACUCUGACCUGGUCCUGACUGAAGAGCUCACGAGGAUCCGUAUCUUUCUCAACUGCGAAAGGGGGCAAGUGUCCUUUUAUGAUGUCAGGACAGCAGCUCUGCUCCAUAUAUUCUUGGAUGCUUCCUUGGUUGGAGAGACCUUUUGGCCCUAUUUCUUUUUGGGCGAGGGCACCUGCAUGACACUCCCCUAAAAGAGUGGAUAACCAUAGACAAAACUUUGGAAAAAUCCCUAUUUGCCAAGCAGGGAUCUCUGAAAGAUUUUAAAGCAGAGGUUUUUUUCGCUUUUUGCUACUUCAGCUUCCUUUAUUGUUCUAUGAUCAGUCAAUCAAUCUAUCAAGAAAGAAUCUGAUCAUCAUUUCUAUUUGUCUGGAUAAAAAAAGAGGUGUCCUAGGAGCUUUAUAGGUGUUAGCAUCAUGUGUUUAGGUGUAUCAGUAUUAAAG